GCCAGGACCGCGCUGCUCCUCCUGCCCACCGGGGCGCCCCCAGACCGAGGCUGGAAGGACAAGGGGUUGGGGGCCCCUAAACUGCGCGGCAGCCAUUUGGGGUAUCAGUCUCCAUUUGGGGGCCUGGACUUCUCCGAAGACGCCCCAUUCAUAAAAUUCCGAACUGGACCCCUACCAUUGAGGAACUCUGGGGACCACUCCCCCAGGGAAACAGAUGUGUGGGGAGCGUAGGGCAUUCAGAAAUCCCCGCGUCCCAUCCCAGCUAGGCCCUGGGGGACCCCUGCCCUCUUUCUCUGCUUCACCUGUUGUCGGGGGAGGCGGGCGGACAAAGGAAGCAGCAUCACGUGACUGCUCAUUCACAAAAUCCCAUCCCAUUGAGAAAAGGGGGCUGGGGGCGCUGCGACCGCCCCUUACCCUCCCGAAGGGCUGGGGAAAACCGGCAGCCUGCAGGUGGGGGAAGGGGCUAGAGCUCGCUGCCUGGGUCCCUAAGGUUCAGACGCCAGGGUCCCUGCGCUAGGUGGUAGUGAGGGGCUGGACGCUGAUCACGAUUACUGGGCGGAGGGCUACGUCCCCUGAGCUGGGGGGCGGGGUAAGAUGGUUCUGAAGGAUGCUGGGGCGGGGAGGGGGAGGAGGAGGGAUCAAUUCUCCACCUCCCCUCAGUCUCUCUCCCUUGCCUUCCAUGGGCUGGGACCUGAGGGAGCAGGCUUGAUUUUUGUGAAUGAAAUGCACUCUGGUUGUGUCUCGGUCGUCCGUUUCUGGCUUCCUCUGCCUCCAUCUCCCUUUCGGCCUCUCUCUGGCCAUUUCUGGUUCUCUCCCUGCUCCCUGCCCAUCUCCCGUUGCUGGGUGACUCAGUGAGCUUUGCAUCCGGUCUCAUUCAUAAAUCCGGGAAGGGGUGGGGGGAAGAGAGCCUGGGUUUCUCACCCAGCCAGUGGCCUGGGCGGCCGAGUGUGGAGGCAGCGUAGGGGGAUCUGGAGCUGAGUUGAUGGGCUCUAAGAAAAUACAUAUGCGCAGGCACCCAGCUGUGAGGGGGAAUGAUGGGUGGGGCUGUGGGAAUGUGCUGAGGGAUGAGAAGGAGACUGGGUUGAUAGGGGAAGAGCAGGGAGGGGGAAGGGAAGUGGAAAACUGGGGCUGUGGGGGUCAGGAUGGGAACGAUGGGGAAAGGGACGAAGGUGGGUGCGGAGAGAAAAGGUGGAUACGGAGAAGGUAAGCAUGGGAGAAAAGAGGUGGCAUGAGGAAGAAAGAAGCCAUGCUGGAAGAAGGUGGGCAUUGGGGGUGGGGGGAGAGGCAGGUAUGUAAGGGAAGGUGAGAAUCGGGGCCUGACGGUGCAGUGGAUCCAGAUGUGAGGGAAGAAGAGGGAGAUGAGGCUUGGGGCGAACGCUGAAUGGCAGAGCAGGAUCGGAGCUCACUGACUUUGUCCCUGUCUCCCCACCUCCUGCAGGUACAUGGUUCAGGUCCGAGCCGUGGUGAUGGCCCGAGAUGACUCCAGUGGGGGCUGGCUGCCUGUGGGGGGCGGGGGCCUCAGCCAGGUGAGCGUUUGUCGGGUCCGAGGGGCCAGGCCCGAGGGGGGGGCCCGCCAGGGGCACUACGUCAUCCACGGGGAGCGCCUUCGGGACCAGAAAACCACCUUGGAGUGUACCCUGAGGCCAGGCUUGGUUUACAACAAGGUGAACCCCAUCUUCCAUCACUGGAGCCUGGGCGACUGCAAGUUUGGGCUGACGUUUCAGAGUCCCGCAGAAGCUGACGAGUUCCAGAAGAGCCUGCUGGCUGCACUGGCUGCACUGGGGCGAGGCUCGCUCACCCCCUCUUCCUCCUCCUCUUCCUCCUCCCCUUCCCAGGACACCGCAGAGACUCCCUGCCCUCUGACGUCCCAUGUGGACAGCGAGUCCUCCUCCAGUCACAGCCACCAGGAGACGCCUCCCACCGCCGCGGCGGCGGCCACUAUCAUCACCGUGGAGUCAGCUUCUGGCUUCGGGCCGGCCACGUCCCCCCAGCGCCGGCGCUCCUCUGCUCAGAGCUACCCUCCGCUCCUACCGUUCACGGGGAUUCCGGAGCCCUCAGAGCCCCUGGCCGGGGUAGGGGGCCCGGGCUGGGGCGGCCGUGGCUAUGAGGAUUAUCGGCGCGCUGGGCCGCCCGCACCCCUCGCCCUGUCCACCUGCGUCGUGCGCUUCGCCAAGACCGGCGCGUUGAGGGGUGCAGCCCUGGGGCCUCCCACCGCGCUACCCGCCCCUCUCGCCGAGGCUGCGCCCCCAGCGCCCCCGGCUCGCCCACCACCCGGCCCCGGCCCUGCCCCUGCGCCGGCCAAGGCCUCCCCGGAGGCAGAGGAGUCGGCGCGCUGCGUGCACUGCCGUGCGCUCUUCCGCCGCAGAGCUGACGGGCGUGGUGGCCGCUGCGCGGAGGCCCCGGACCCGGGUCGCCUGCUGGUGCGCCGGCUCAGUUGCCUGUGGUGCGCCGAGAGCUUGCUCUACCACUGCCUGUCAGACGCCGAGGGCGACUUCUCGGACCCGUGCGCCUGCGAGCCGGGCCACCCGCGUCCCGCCGCGCGCUGGGCCGCGCUGGCCGCCCUCUCCCUGGCGGUGCCCUGCCUCUGCUGCUAUGCGCCCCUGCGCGCAUGCCACUGGGUCGCGGCACGAUGUGGCUGCGCUGGCUGCGGGGGUCGCCACGAGGAGGCGGCACGGUGAGGACGGCCUGGUGGGUCCAGUAGCUGCACCGAGGACCCAAAAUUGAGGGUCCAGGACCCUGGACUCUGUUCGGACCCCAAACCCAAACCUAGGCACACCCGGAACUUGGAGCUUGAGUUUGGAUUGAGAGACCCCAGACCUGGAACCUGGACCCCAAAUCUAGGACUGAGAGACCCCAGACCCAGCUUCAUUGGGAUGUCUGUCCAAGAGGUCCCAGGCAUCCUGAGUUCUGGUGUCCCCAUCCUGCUGCCAUCCCCUCCCUGACCUAGACUGAGGAGACUCCAGGCAUCCCCCACACUCUACACCUCGGGCAGGCUGGAGAGCAUCUGUAUCCCUGAGAGAUGCAGGGCCCUGAACCCCAACUCCCUGUUCAAAUAACCAACCCAGACCCUAUCAUGCCUGACGCCAUGAACCCUCAGAUUACAGCCCUGGAGUUAGUCAGGAGUUACCAGUACCCGACCCUGCCUGUAUACAAUUCCUCCCAGAUCAUGAGACCAUAGAACCCAGAUUCACCCCAGAGGGUCACCGAAUGCUCACCUAAAACUUGGGGCACCCAUAUCUGAGAUGUUCUUGUAGCCUCCAGGACCCCUGAGACACCAAACUCUCUUACAAUGCCCUGAGUCGUUGGAUAUGCCCAGAUGUUCUCUGACCAAGAUGACUUGGGAGACCCAUCUCAGGGUCUCUCCCAUUCCCCCCAACCAAGAUCCAGAUGUCAGACUCCAAGAUGCUCUGGGAGCCAAGGACCAAAGACCUCUGUAGACCCACCCACCCCAAGGCAGUGUUCCCAGGAGCUUUGGAUCUCCUAUAUGGGACUCUGAUGUGCCUCGUACUCCCCUAUGUAGUACUGAAGGCCACCAACACCUUGGGGCCCAAGACACUAGUCCCAAGUCCUUUUUCAAAACCCAUUAGACUUGGAUUUCAAGCCCCAUAAUAGUCUGGAAUCUUUGGCUGCUUUGUAUCCACAGAUCCUCAAUUCCCUAAAAGCUGGAAGCCCAGCUCCCAGAAGAUGGGAUGUUCAUGGCAACCCAGACCUCUGACCCCUUGGCCCCCAGCCCCUGAGCGACCCCAAGGUGCUUUGGGAGUACUGGUCCCAAGACCCCAAGGUGCCAUUGAUACCCCAAAUUCAGGGCUCAAGCCUACACAACAUUGGGAUUGUCCCUGCUCAAGACCUUGGUCCCUCCAUACCAGAGACAGAACUGAAGUGCCCCAGGGCCAUAGCACCUUCAGAUCCCAGAUU